AUGCAGGGCCCGACAGCACACGAGGCGCUAUCAGCCUCUUCCUCCGCCUCCUCAUCAUCACCAAAAGACACUUUGCAGCCAUCAUCUUCGGCCAUCUUUGCCUCCACUUCUAAAUCCAGGUCAGCCUCCAGACCAGGUGAACCUGACCGCUUCCCUUUCCGGAAUUCAGUACUCGACAUGGACGCUCUCCUCACUUUCACUUCCCACAACGACGAUGACAGCAUCGACUCCGGCGACAUCUACGACUUUUCCGUUCCAGCAACAAAGCCCCGCUUCAGGCGUCCAUUCGGCAUCAAUGGCGGGCGCAUGUUCAAUCAGCAGGUCAAAUCCAUCGGACACGCACAGGAUCCAAGUUCCACAGUGCGGCGUCUCGACAUCAUCAAUAUUCCAGAUGAGCCCGUCUAUCAGCGUCCACCCACCGCAGAUGAUACCCUUGCGCUCCUCCUUCCGCUCUUGAUCUUGCUCUCGACGCUUCUUUUCCUUUUGUUGCUCUUCAUCAUUCUCGUCAUUAUUGUUCGACGCAGAGCCCGCAUCUCGCUUGGCGAUUCGGAUGGUCCGCUCGAUGUUGGUCGUGAAGAAGAGCUCGAAGGUACAGGUGGCUUGGAUGGAAUUGAGCAGCGAUGGUUGGAGACUGUUGACGAGCCUACACAGCGUGGCUACCGUCGUGCAAAGGAUUGGAUACUCGCUUACCCACCAGGCACGCAAUCUACCGAUAUCACCCUCAGCCAAUUCCUCAGCAUUCAGGAAAAGGGCGUCAGUGCAUGGUCCUUCGAUCCAGAUUACGAGAGCAAUCCGUCCGUCUUUGUCGAGGCUCGAACGGAGAUCACCUUUAUCGCAGAUGGCCAAGGUAUGGCUCCUCAAGAAGGCGGCGGUGUUUGUGUGCAGAGCAAUCUGCCACUUCCCAAGAUCAACGAGGUGUACUAUUGGGAAGUCAAGAUGUUCAACAAGCCCGACACUACGAAUGUUGCUGUGGGAUUGACGACUAAGCCGUACCCUCAGUUUAGGUUGCCAGGGUGGAGCAAGUACUCGAUUGGCUAUUUCUCGAGCGAUGGCUUCAAGUGUCAUAACUAUCCCUUCGCUGCACAGUCGUAUGGUCCUGCCUAUGGGCAGGGUGAUGUGAUUGGGAUUGGGUACAGGCCGAGGACGGGUACUGUGUUCUUCACGAGGAACGGUAAGAGGUUGGAGGAUGCUUUUGUUGGGUUGAACAGGUAUAAUCUGUUCCCGACAGUAGGGGCUGACGGAGCAUGCGAGAUUCACGUCAACUUGGGUCAGGCUGGGUUUGUGUUUAUUGAGGCGAAUGUAAAGAAGUGGGGUCUGGCACCGAUGGUUGGGACCUUGGCUCCGCCACCUGCGUAUGGACAGGAGAGAGGGACGAUCCUGAUGGAAAGUGGUCAGGGUAAUACGACGGAUUCAACACAGGGGUCUUCUGCGCAAGGAUUGCAGCCGGGCAUGGGUGGAAGAGAGUCGCCGCCUCCUCCGAUCUCGCCUUAUGAGGAGAGAUCGCCGUCUUCCUCUCAUAACAGAUUGCCUAGUCAGGGUGGUGCGACGAGCUCGCCUGCGCCUGCGAGGACAUCUUCCCUGCGCCCCGCGCCGAACGGUCAGGCAGGAUCAUCGGCUGCUAUCCACACGUCGAGGUCUACAAGCCGACCCAUGGAACUAGAGGAUUCAUCUGAUGGAAGUCCGCCCAACCCUCCCACACCUCACCGGCUCGAUAUUUCGCUGCAUUCACUUUCCGAUUCAUUCAACCGAGCAAGCGCUGCAGAAGACUCGUACUUCCCCACAACCCCCCCUUCACCCGCAGACCCUCUUCCAGCCACGGCUGCCGCACAGCGCGGCACAAACUCACCCCCCUCGUACGCAACCGCAGUCGAACACGGCGCACUCGGAGGUACACCCGCUUCGCACCACCAAGCACGUCGCGGAUCCGGUCGUACACAUCAACUCGCCAACGCCGUUCUAGGUAUGCUUAGUGACAGAGGCUUACUUGAGCCCCUCAACCACAAUAACCCGUCACCACAACCUAGUCCGAGUGUGGAUGGAUCCGGUUAUCCUGGUGGACUGAGCGAGGCCGAGUAUGAGAGGAUGUUGAGGCAAAAUACUGCGAGGAACAGCCGUGUUGCGGGAAGUGCCAGUGGCAACGGGAACCACGUUAAUGCGGGAGCGAGCGGAGACUAUAGUUUGGCUGGUUGGGCAAGUUGGUUAGGUCUCAGGACUCCUGGGGGAAGCGUGAGGCGGUCUAGUGCGUCGAGCUCAAAUACGGCCACUGUUACGCCCGGGUUGAGGGAUGCUAAUACCAGGACGAAUAGCUGUAGUAGUACUUCCAGUGGUAGAUCUGCUUCCCAUCGCACCUGA